GAUAUGAGAAUGUCAAUGAGACACCCUCCUUCGGAUUCCUCACCUUUCAUGGACCUUUGGCUCUGCACUGUACUCACCACACUACAUCAGUGAUUAAACGCAGGUCUUGUCAUUGAGUCGACACUGGAAGUCAAUUACCUUUUCACCUGAAUAAAGCAAGUCCAUUGAUUAGCCUGGGCUAUUCUAAAUCACGGCUUCUGGUCAGAGCUAAAACACAACAAUGCAGUACGCGCCAUUUGCCUCUGACAUCGAAUUGCCAUUUUACGCCGCUCUAACAUCCUUGAAAAUCAAUCAUGACAAGCUAAAUGACUCGGCUCGCAAGAUUCUUGGCCUUUAUGAGCUUCGGCCUACAGACUCACCUGAAGCCUCAUGUCGGAUGCAAAUACACGGCGAUGCUCUAACCAACGAAGAAACACCGGCUGGAUAUUACCGCGCCGAGGGCACAAUAAAGAAUGUUAACACCAUUGAAGAAUACAUGAACACUAAUAAAUCACAUAUGCUCCAGCAAGCUGGGGAAAUGAUUUGGGCUGCUAUACGCGAUGGGAGUAUUUACUCUAGCCCUUCCCUGCUCUCCUCGUUCGUCGUUCUAUCUUAUGCGGAUUUGAAAAAAUACAAAUUUCACUACUGGUUUGCAUUCCCCGCAUUGCAUUCCGACCCUCCAUGGGUACCUUUGGGCGAAUCUGAUCCAAACAUGGAGCUCGACCAAAAUGCGAGCCUGGUCGGACGCACAGACGCUUUAACACAAAGCGAAUGUUUAGCUCUGGCUCACGCGGUUCAAGCAUGGAGCGAAACGGUAGACAACCGUCAGCGGGGCUUUUUCUUGGCUCGCAGAGUAUGCUUCGUUAGAACUAGCGCAAGCCGUAAGGAAGAGGCUGAGGAUCAGAAGUCUAGAGAUGCACCAAACAUACAAAAGCCACAUUGGCAGAUUGGACCGCUUUCAUCCUUUGAAGAGGGGUUCUUCCAGGAUGCGGACUUUGAUGAUUGUUUUGUCGUCUUUGCGGACCCCUCAAACUACGACGACGCGCCGGGCUGGCCGCUCAGGAAUCUUCUGUUACUAGCCAAACAACGCUGGAGACUCGAUAAGAUCCGAGUGCUAAGAUACCGUGAUGUGUCUGCAGGCCGUCAUCAAUGUCGCAGUACCGUGUUGACACUAAAGCUAAAGAAAGCACAAGCAUCAAGCGCUGCGAACCUGACUCCAUUGGAGAACAUGCCGAGAGUUACAGGAUGGGAGCGCAAUCCUUCAGGAAGGCUGACAGGACGGUUGGUUGAUCUCACAGGAUAUAUGGACCCUCAAAAAUUGGCCGACCAGUCCGUUGACCUCAACCUCAAACUCAUGAAAUGGAGGAUUAGCCCAAAUUUGAAUCUCGAAAAAAUCAAAGCCACCAAAUGUCUCCUCUUAGGAGCAGGCACGCUAGGCAGUUACGUUGCUCGGAAUUUAAUGGGCUGGGGUGUUUCUCGAAUCACUUUCAUUGACAACGGCUCCGUCUCAUUUUCCAAUCCAGUAAGGCAGCCGCUCUUUAAAUUCACCGACUGCCUAGAAGGAGGUGCCAAAAAAGCCCAUCGAGCUUCGCAAGCUCUAACUGAGAUUUAUCCGGGGGUUGAGUCCGCAGGACACGUACUUUCCGUACCAAUGGUUGGUCACCCUGUUAUCGAUGUUGAAAAAACGCGGGCAGAUUUCGAGACUUUGCGAGACCUUAUUGAUUGCCAUGACGUAAUAUUUCUCCUGAUGGACACAAGAGAAUCUCGAUGGCUACCAACAGUCAUGGGGAAGGCUGCAGGUAAGAUCGUCAUGAACGCAGCGUUGGGGUUUGACUCCUUUGUGGUGAUGCGCCAUGGGGUCAAAUCAGAUGUCCAGCUUUCAGAACAGCUUGGCUGUUACUUCUGUAACGACGUCGUCGCACCAAUGAAUUCCACUAAAGACCAAACGCUUGAUCAACAAUGUACGGUUACUCGGCCUGGAGUGGCCGCCAUAGCGUCCGCGUUGCUUGUGGAGCUUCUCGUCUCUAUUAUCCAACACCCGCUGGGUGCAGCAGCGCCAGCGCCGGUUUCAAGGGAUCAUGACAGAGGGGACCAUCCAUUGGGCCUAUUGCCGCAUCAAAUUCGGGGAUUCUUGCCAACCUUUGAAAAUGUCUCGGUUGUCGGCAGGAGUUACAAGUUCUGUAGCGCUUGUUCAGAUAAUAUUGUUGGGGCUUUCGAGAAGGAUGGCUGGGAUUUCGUACUGAGAGUUUUGAAUGAGCCCGGGUAUCUCGAAGUAUUGAGCGGACUGAAAGAAGUCCAAGCAACGGCAGAAGCAUCGCUUGCCGAUAUUGAGUGGGAUGAAGAUUCCGAACUUGACGAACGCGAGGGAUUAUCGGGUCAAGCAUGACAUCGAUAUCGUGGCUCGUCUAUGCGAGUACAUUGGAAAGCAGACAGCAAUGGCAAUCAAUAGGUUCUGUAUUCAAGCAACAUCUAGGCCCUAUCCUUGACGGUUGGGUUAUUUGCGACUGAUUC